UUGAUUUAAUUCAGAAACCAAAGCCUUCCUCUUUUUCGCUCACAAAUUUCACAAACCCUAGUAAUCUUUUUAUUUUUGGACUCCAACUGUGCUAAAGAGUUGGAUUUAGGCAACCAAAAAUAAUGGCGGAAAACGGCGAGGAGAAGCUGCUGGCGGUUGCGCGCCACAUCGCCAAGACGCUGGGGCACAACGACAACAUGGCCGAUGAUAUUUUGCAGAUUUUCUCGAAUUUCGACGGCAGAUUUUCUCGCGAGAAAAUGGCCGACGAUGAUCGGAGAAAUUCCGCGGCUCUGGAGUUGACGCUCAAGAAGCUGGAGCGGCAGAUCUCGCAGUAUGUAGCUGCCGACCAGCCUAUCUGGUCCGACUCGGUUGACGCUGCAGCGUUUCUGGAAGCCAUCGACGACUUGAUAGCGACUAUAAGAGAGUGGUCUCCCAUGGCCGGGGAUAAGUCCGUCGGCGCGUGUCUCAUACGCGCCGAGGAUUUGAUGCAGCAGACUAUGUUCCGGCUGGAGGACGAGUUCCGGACCUUGGUGGAGCGCGGCGGCGAGUCCCUCGAGCUCAGCCGCGCGUUCCGGAGCGAGUCGAAUGGGAACUUGUCGUUCGACGACGAUGAAGACGACGAGGACGAGGACGGAGUGAUCGGCGGCGACGGCGAGGAGGAGCACGAGAUCCCCACGGCGCAGCCGAUCACGGAUUAUGACAUCAUCAUCGACGCGCUGCCGUCGGGGACGAUCAACGAACUUCACGAGAUUGCGAAGCGGAUGGUGGCGGCCGGGUUCGGGAAGGAGUGCUCGCACGUGUACAGCAGCUGCCGGCGGGAGUUUCUGGAGGAGAGCUUAUCGCGGCUAGGGUUACAGAAGCUGAGCAUCGAUGAGGUUCAGAAGAUGCCGUGGCAGGAUCUCGAGGACGAAAUCGAACGGUGGAUCAAAGCCGCUAACGUCUCGCUUCGGAUUCUGUUCCCCAGCGAGCGACGACUCGUUGACCGCGUCUUCUACGGCCUCUCCGCCGCCGACCUCGCGUUCAUGGAGGUCUGCCGGGGAUCGACGAUCCAGAUACUCAAUUUCACCGACGCCGUCGCUAUCGGGAGCCGAUCGCCGGAGAGGCUGUUCAAAGUGUUGGAUGUGUUUGAGACCAUGCGUGAUUUGAUGCCGGAAUUCGACGCCUUGUUUUCGAAUCAGUACUGUUUGUUUCUCAGGAACGAAGGUGUUACGAUCUGGAAAAGACUAGGGGAAGCAAUUAGAGGAAUUUUCAUGGAAUUAGAGAAUCUGAUCAGUCGUGAUCCGGCGAAGACUCAGGUUCCGGGCGGCGGGCUGCACCCGAUUACCCGUUACGUGAUGAACUAUCUCCGAGCGGCGUGUCGUUCGCGGCAGACGCUGGAGCAGGUGUUUGAGGACAAUGCUGGAGUUCCUCCUCAUCAGUCCAAGGUGGACGAUAGGGCUUCGUCUUCAUCCAUGUCAGUUCAGAUGGCUUGGAUUAUGGAGCUGCUGGAGAGCAAUUUAGAGGCCAAGUCGAAGAUUUACAGGGACUCGGCUUUGUGCUAUGUGUUUAUGAUGAACAAUGGGAGGUACAUUGUUCAGAAAAUUAAAGAUAGUGAGUUGGGAUCUCUAUUGGGAGAUGAUUGGAUCCGAAAGCACUCGGCCAAAGUUAGACAGUACCAAGUGAACUACCAAAGAAGCUCGUGGAACAAGGUGGUGGGAGUGUUGAAGCUCGAGAGUGGCUCCCUGGCGCCGAAUGUUGCAGUCAAGUCCAUGAAAGAGAAGCUCAAGUUGUUCAACAUCUACUUCGACGAAAUCUGUAAAAACCAAACCAAUUGGGUCAUUUUUGAUGAGCUGCUCAGGGACGAAUUAAGGACUUCCCUCACCAAAAUCUUGUUGCCGGCAUACCAAAGCUUUGUGGGAAGAUUUCAGAAUGUUCCUGAAAUUGGGAGACAUGACAAGUAUAUCAAGUAUGACCCCGAGGACAUUGAAGCUCGGAUCAAUGGCUUGUUUCAGGGGAAUCGAGGAUCCGGUGGUGGCAGGAAGUGAAGAAGGCAAGCUGCUCUGCUAGUGGAGAAGGCUUGUAUGUAAUGAAUGGUGUAAUGGUUACAAAAAGUUAUGUACGAGUUCAUUGGUCCAAAAUGACUUGUGGCCUUGU